AUGAAAAAUAGCAUUUUAUAUAAUUCUGAUACCUAUUCUAAUUUCAGAAAGAGACAAUCUUAACCAUCAACAACUGCAAGAACAAAUUUAUCCCAAACACAUUUAAUUUAAACAGUAUUUAAAACUCCAGAAAAAUCAAGAAUAUUUAGAUAAAAGACACCAUCAACCAAAGUAAAAGUUAAGACUUAGAAUAUUGAAAAUAAAGAGAAUGAAACUAAGACAAUCAAUAAAAAUAAUUACUCAAAAAUAUCUAAUAGAUAAACAUAGGAAAAACAAACAAGUAAUUUAAUGAAGUAGAUUAAUGAAAAGUUAAACUAAAAAUCUGUUUCAGUUCCUGAUAUUUUAUAAGAGACCAAAGAAAAUAAUGAAAUUAAACUGUUUGGAUAAACUAACUAGUAAGGAGUAUUUACUUAGAAUAGAGUCAUCAAGAUAUAAGAUUUAUUUACUUAAAAUUAAAUAACAAUAAAAGAAUUGGAAAGAAAUUGGUAAGCAUAAUUAAAUCAAGAAUCUGAAUUAAUUAAAUCAUUACAAAAUCAAGAAAGCAUAUAAUAAAGUAGAAAUGAUUCUAAAGAGAAUCUAUUGAAUUCUUUAAUCCAUUAAGAAAAUUCAACUGGCCAUAAACCUUUAAUAUAUGUUAUUGAUUUAGCAUUAUUAUGA